UUUACUUUGUAAAAUCAGUCACUGCUAUUUUAAAUAGUUUAGCCUAUCGAGAGAUAGGAAUCUAAUGCGCGAACCGUGCGUCACAUUACUAUUCUAAAUGUCUAACCAUACAGUUCUUAAUGUAUAACACUAUCGUCUACCCCAUUGGUUAAAUCGCUGAAUACUGUAAUUCGCUCAUUCCUUCGACUGUUUUGGAGAUUCAUGUAUGCAUUACUGCUGUGCUUUACUAAUCAAUUAGUGAUAAGUAUUCAGCAUUAACGGAUCUUGUGGGCACUAAGCAAGUUCAUUGUCGAAGGAGAAAGCACUGAAGAACAUACUAACAAGUAUAACAACCAGUAUGCUAGAUUCUCAUCAAAACAAUACAUCCGGGAGCUUUGCAGACUAUGAUGAAGAAAGUAGCAGCGUAGUUGUACCUGUGGCCGGGAUUAUUUUAAGCAUUCUUCUUGUGUUGGGAGUUUAUGGCAACAUUGCAGUGGCAGUCGUGACAUAUCGCAUGACGACAAACGGAUCAGUCGCAGGAAUGUUACAACUCAAUCUUGCCAUUAGUGACCUGCUAACCAAUUUAUUGGACAUGCCGAUUUUCUUCUCCACGCUGGUUACGGGCAAGUUGCAACUAAACUCGAACGGAUGCAACAUAUUUGCAUACAUCUCAGUGCUGCUCAACAUUGCAUCUGCUCUCAAUGUAGCCUCACUCAGCAUAGACAGAUAUUUAGCUAUUCUUCGGCCAUUGGAGUACAACCGACGAAUAACAAUGCGAACGGCAGCCACCAUGGUUUUAUCAAUUUGGAUCAUAUCAGGUUUUUGUAGCCUUUUGCCAUUCCUCGGAGUUGGACAGUACAGAUUCAUCCCAGCUGCCUACCAUUGCCUUCCUGACUGGACUUACACUGCAGGUUUAUUGUUUAUCUGCCUGAUAGUCUGUGCAGCAUUCAUUAUCCCUGCAAUUACGAUGUGCUAUUGCAAUUAUUCUAUAUUUCAAGUAGCGAGACGUCACAUAAGACCUCCAAACAACCAAGAACACAGCCACCUGCCGACAACGAGAUUUCCAGCGAAAAGGAUGUGGUUUGCCGCUGCCGUUUUUAUGAUCUCUUGGUCCCCUUAUUAUACCGUCAGUUUGUAUGUAUACACUAUACCAUAUAUUGAUCCAACGCUUUCUGUCACCAUUACUAUCGUCACGUUUACAUCGUAUCUGAGUUCCGUCAUUAACCCGUACAUCUAUUCCUUUCUCAAUCGGAAAAUUUGGACAACGUUUCGCAGAUUUGUACGACGACGGUGUUGUUUUACAAUACAGCCACGUAAAUCUUCCGUGAUAUUUUUAACAACUUCAAGGAGCAGAACGUCAGCUAAAAACCCACCACACAGAAUCUUACAGCUGGUUGAGGAGCACAGCACUCAAGUGCGUAGUGAAUGUAAUGAGAGCGUUCCGGCACAUAGGCCUAAGAAAAGAAGUGAAAUGCGCGUACAUCCAGUACGUAAUGAGUGCUAUGUGCACACGCAUCCAGCUCCUGGUAAUGAAUGGGAUGUGCACAUGCAUCCCAUGCGUAAUAAAAGUGGUGUCCAUGUACAUAAAAACAGUAUCACGCAAUGCAAUGUUUACGAACAUGCUGCACAUAGACAAUGUGAUGUGGACCGAAUACCAGUCCAAAUUGAAUGUGAUGCACCAACUCUACCGACAUAUGACGUUGGCAAACGUUAUACUGUGACUUCCCAUUAUCAUCCAUUUGCACCUACUAGCAGUGAAAUCGAAUGUACAAUUAGGAGGUCCUCCAUUUGCAAAGUUGAAAUGCAGGCAAUUGCAAUUACUGAUAGAGAAAGCUUCGUUCGUUUUGAAAGAGCUUUAUCAGAAGAUGAAGAUGAUGCUGAGAAACAGUCGCAUCAGCAAUUGAUUGUGACAUCUGAUUGUCUUGGAAGACGUUGCCCAGGGCAUAUAGAAGAACUCACAAGAGUCCGAAUCGGAUUGGACAAUCAGGAAAAUAGAGCUAGUAGGCAUAGACACAGCAUGCCUUACCCAAUCUAUCGGAAUCGUAGUCGUAUGGUAAAAGCAAUUUCUUACCCGGAGAAUACGAGUAGCAUUCGACUCGCUCGACUUCGCCAACAACUUAAAGAGUUGCGUAAAAAAAGAGGUUAUGACGUAUGUGCCAUAUGCAAUCAUGACACACAACAUGAUCUAAAACGCAGCCGUCGUUGUCACGAAAGCAGUGCUUCAAACAUCUAACGUUAAAUUUUUUUUUUCUAUUAAAACUAGUUCUUUUGUUACCCAGUCCGACCUUAAAUAUCAUGAUUUUCUUAGUUAUUCAAACUAUAAAAUAAACAUGAAGAGACAAUUACAUUAAACAAUCAUAGUCAUUACUAUUUAAUAAAACUAAAUUAUAUUUUCAAUUGCAUUUAUCACUUUAACAAGGUUUUAGUGGUAGUAUAUUGUUAAAAUGCUCAGAUAAGUCUUUCGCAAAGAGUUUAAAAUAAACAAAUUACAGGUCUCCCUCUAAUCUUUAAAGACCGCUCCAAUAAAAGACCACUUUUCUGUGGUCCCAAAUUAACAAAGCUGCUAAAAACCAUGGAAACACUGGUCCUAAAAUUGGUCUUUAACCGGAGACCUGUAGUUCCAAAAAACCUUCAGUUGCAUGUUAUGGACUGAUUAUUAAGGUACAUAUGCAUACAAUCCCAGCCACAAGUAUACAGUACCUGCUCCGAAGAAGCCUGCCGUAGUCGUUUGUAGCAAGAGGAUACUAUUUUUGUCAUUUUGAAAUUGGAAAAUGGAUAAAAAAAACCAUGUAAUAAAACAUUUGUUUCUCUAUUCAAUCAUUGUUUCUAUCAUUUACAUUUGUUUAUAUAUGUACUAUAUAUAUGUAUAUAUAUAUAU